AUGGAUGAGAAGUACACCAAGGGGAGUACACCAGGGAGAGUACAUCAAGGAGAGUACAUCAAGGAGAGUACACCAAGGAGAGUACACCAAGGGGAGUACACCAGGGAGAGUACAUCAAGGAGAGUACACCAAGGAGAGUACACCAAGGGGAGUACACCAGGGAGAGUACAUCAAGGAGAGUACAUCAAGGAGAGUACAUCAAGGAGAAUACAUCAAGGAGAGUACAUCAAGGAGAGUACACCAAGGGGAGUACACCAAGGGGAGUACACCAAGGGAGUACACCAAGGAGAGUACACCAAGGAGAGUACAUCAAGGAGAGUACACCAAGGAGAGUACACCAAGGAGAGUACAUCAAGGAGAGUACAUCAAGGAGAGUACACAAAGGAGAGUACAUCAAGGAGAGUACAUCAAGGAGAGUACACCAAGGAGAGUACACCAAGGAGAGUACACAAAGGAGAGUACAUCAAGGAGAGUACAUCAAGGAGAGUACACCAAGGAGAGUACAUCAAGGAGAGCACAUCAAGGAGAGUACACCAAGGAGAGUACAUCAAGGAGAGUACAUCAAGGAGAGUACAUCAAGGAGAGUACAUCAAGGAGAGUACACCAAGGAGAGUACAUCAAGGAGAGUACAUCAAGGAGAGUACACAAAGGAGAGUACAUCAAGGAGAAUACAUCAAGGAGAGUACACCAAGGAGAGUACACCAAGGAGAGUACACAAAGGAGAGUACAUCAAGGAGAAUACAUCAAGGAGAGUACACCAAGGAGAGUACAUCAAGGAGAAUACAUCAAGGAGAAUACAUCAAGGAGAGUACACCAAGGAGAGUACACCAAGGAGAGUACACAAAGGAGAGUACAUCAAGGAGAAUACACCAAGGAGAGUACACCAAGGAGAGUACACAAAGGAGAAUACAUCAAGGAGAAUACAUCAAGGAGAGUACACCAAGGAGAGUACACAAAGGAGAGUACACCAAGGAGACCAAAAAAUAUGAUUCUGAAACAAAUGAAGUCAAUCUUGACUAA